GGCCGCUGGGAGGCCGGAGCUGGCGUUUUGCCCCCUGGGGCUGCCCUGUUGUGCCAGGAUCAGGGAAUGGACCAUCUCCCGCAGUUGUGCUAUUUCUUGCCUCAUCUCCUGCAUUCCUUGACUCUCCGUCAGGUGGGGGUUGCCAAGCUCCCAGGCGGUGGCUGGCUCAGCUCUGUGCGGCCUCUCCGGCCCCGCUGGUGUGACCCUCCAUUGUGUGGCCACGGUUGGGGGGGAAGUGGCUGCGUCCACGGGGGUGUGGGAUUCUUCCCUCUCCCCUCCAUCGGAGCUUGUUUCCUCCGAGAGGCUGUGGGGUUCCUCCCUCGUUUCUCCGUCGGCGCUUGCUUCUUCUCCCUGGGAAUAUUCGAAUUGGUUCUCUCUCUCUCCUCCCUCCAUGUUGCUGUAGGUAGGAGCUAGAGAAAGUAGGUGAUUCAGUACAAAUUGUCGGGUUCUCUUCUCCCAGUUGUGCUCUGGGUCCAUCUUCCAAAGAAAGCACCAAGACACACGCGGGUAGAUUCCAACAAGUUUUUAUUGUACCGAAUGCCAGAACCUUCUUUUGUGCCACAUAUAUAUGGACUCUCACAUACCAGAGGGUAAUUGAUGUUUUAUGGCCGGCCUGCUUUAUGGCUGGCAUCUGUUCUUUGUCAGCUGACCAGAGAUGUCAAGGAUUGGAGAUCCUGACACUGAGAGAGAGUGUGUGAUUUUAUCUAAACAACUAACCACUAAUCAGAAUUCCUGUGGACCUUGUGUGAAUGAGAUGUAUGUGUUGAAUUCAAAAUGCAUAAAGAGUUAUAAACAAUGUUAGUAGAUUUGUUCAGAAGCAAUUCGGAAGCUGUAGAUAUUUUUUUUUUGGAAAAAAAAAAUGGUCUUAGGCUUGAAAAAAAAAUCCUUGUUUUGAAAGAACAAUGCUUCAGUGUUUUUAGAGAACAUGGUGAUACAACAGAUAAGAGCUGGACAUCUGCCCAGAAAUUGAAUCUCAAGGGAAAAAAAAAAUGAGCUUGAACAAGUGUACUUUUGAAAACUCAAGCCUCUGUGGGCUACUCCCCCUUUUUCCUGUUCUACAGAUUUUAAACCCCUUACAGGUUAUAGGGAAAUGUUGGAGGUUCUUUUUUUUUUUGCAGCACUUUGGAAUACAGGUGAUCUUGGUGAGUCAAGAAGAAGGAGAAGGAAUGUGAAUGAAUGUUUUGGAAAGGAGAGGACAAGGAGAGGAGUUAUUGGUUGUGGAGACUUUGUAUGGAAAACUGUCACAAGUUGGCAGUGCAAAAAAAUAAAUAAAUAUAUAUUUAUUUUUGGAAAAAAAAAAUUGAUCCCAUAUUCCUGACACAGAAGGAUUAAGAACUGACAUUGAUUUUUAAAUUUUUGAUUGACAUUUUAUUCAAAAAGGGAGCUAGUGCCCAAGUGAUAAAAAGUUAUCCUUUUGAGAACCAAAGACAUGAUAUAAUUGGCUGCAUCUCAUGUUGCUUCAUAAUAAUUUUGUGAGAUUUGGAUUCUGAACUUUGUGAUUUUGGCCCAACUCUUUCUAAAGGUUACGGAAAGGAAGGACUAGGACUUUUGUAAACGGGACAUUAGAUCAUGCAAAUAGGGGCAUUUUUUCCAUCGCCCCCAGCCUGGAUUUUGCCAGAUUUGAGAAGCGGCAGGAGGCUUUUCAACGUGUGUUACUAACAAAUUUUGAGUUGUUCAACGAGUCGGUGUAAAAGGGGAAUUGAGUAAGUUUAACACUGCAGCAGGACUGGAGUGGAAGAUUGCAUUGCAGCAAGUGGAUACACGAUUGUUAAAUCGUUUGCGGAAAGGAAAAGAAAAAGAUGCGGAGAAGAAAGAUUUUGUUGGAUUUCAAGACAGAUGAGUGUGUUGUCAAAGGCACAACCUCUGAGGAGGCCUGCCUUGGAUGUGAGCGAAACGACUAGAGAGAGUGCUUCAAGAGCCAUACAGCCUGGAAGGAUGAGUAUUUCCCUCCCCUUCUUUUCCCUCUCAUUGUUUUUUGCUACAGGUCCUGAACUCCUGUAUGGGAUAAACCCAGAAGUCUAUGAGACAUGUUUAUUGAGAGGCCUGGGAGGGCCUAUAGGUGUUGCUGAGUGUUAAGGCUGUGAUGGAGUGUGGCAUCAGGCUGGAGGCUGUAAGGGCUGACCAACUCAACAACAUACAAUUUUCUAUUUUGACCCAACUCUCCUGGAUAGGACCUUUUGUAAUGGGACAUUGCAAAUAAUUCGGAUUUUUGACGGAUUUGAGAGACAAUGAGGGACUUUUUCAUAUGCCAUCUAACAACCUUGCUUUUUAAGCCAAAAGGAGGAUAUAGCACGGAGACAAUGUGACAAAGAAUAAAAUAAGUUAACCAUUGCAGCAGGACCAGAGUAAAAAGGAUUACUGCAGAUCGCGAAAGAAGGCCCAUGGAGGAAUCAUUUCUCAAGAGGCCAUGGAGGGGUCGUUUGGGAGCUGAAUAGUGGCCUACCUGCCCCACCCGUGGAGAGACAAGGGAUUUCAACAAGAUUGGCUGAGACAAAAGUGAUGCCGAACAGGAUGAUCGACAGAUGGGUAAUCCGUUCCCCCUCCCCCAUUCUCUCUCACUGUCUUCCUGCUUUUUUUUUCAGUUUUUUUUGGACUCCUGUUCCUAAAUUGGAGAUCCAUAAGGCAUUGUUACUGAGAGGCCUGUUUUCCAAAAUGGAGAUCCAUAAGGCAUUAUUACUGGAAGGCCUGUUUUGGAAUCCAAAACCCGUAGGAGUUUAAGUCCACCCCACGCCACACAUACUGGGUAUGACAGCUAAAGCCCUGUGAGAGAUGGAGAUUUUCUUUACAGACUUUUCUUUACACAGAGACAAUUCUUGGAGUGGACAAAGAGACUUUCUUCAAAUUAACUGAACAUUAUUCCUUUGAUCAAGGAAGAGGAAACACACCCCCAGUUUGACUUUAUGCCAAAGACUGAAAAGACCUGAAAGUUGGACAUGCAUGUGAAUGGCCACCUCUGGCCAUAGCAACAAAUCCAUCAUCGGAAGAAGAAUAUUUUUAAUCCUCAUGUGUUGUUUACCUCUGGUGAUGAAACUAUGUACAAAUGCUAUUCUGCGCUCAUUUUCCACUGAAAAGAUAGCUUGGCUGCAAGCUAGAAGGGAUUGGAGGGACCCAUAAGUCUGCUCAUUUAGUUUGCUUCAGCUUUUGUAUACACGCUUCGCAAAAAAAAAAAGGGGGAAUAAGGCAGGAAUGAAGGGGUAGGAGGAAAUGGCCAUAUAAGGAGGUACGAGCAGGCCAGGAACACAGCCGAUGGGUUAUCACAUGGUUUCCCUGAAAUCAUGUGUUUUGAGAGAAACGAAAGUAAUGAAGAAAUGUAAUACUGCACCACAAAUAUGCACCAAUGGUUUGAUAUGUGGGCGGUCGUAAACUGAACCCACUGAAUUGUAUAAAUAGACACUCGACCCUGUCUGCGGGGUUCUCCCUUUUCAGCAUCUAGUUGUGCGUGGGAUGAACCUCUGCAGCUGCAGGAACUCUAGUAAACUGCUUUCUUUGGAAGAAAAAGAAAAAACCUCCAGUUGUCUGUCUCCUACUUCCACUGCGUCCGCACAAGACACACGACAAGCUGAGAAAAGGGGAAGUCUGGUUUCCGCUACAGGCGGGUUAUAAAUAAAGUUUUAUUAUUAUUAUUAUUAUUAUUAUCUGGACAAGCUUCAUGGACUUAAACAAUCAAAGACUGUAAUGUAUAUUUUCUUUUACCCCCUUUGUGAAGAAUAAACCCAGUUUUUGAGUUAACUACAGUGUUUUGGUCCUUGGGAGUUCCAGUUUCCCUAAAGGAGGGCAAGAAGCAAUCCCCUGGGGAAAGAUGUCACGUCCAUGCCUCUUUCACUAAGAGUUUACAGCCCCAGGCGCGACGGCACAGUGCUGAGAGAAGCCUUCUUUUCCAGAAGUACUGAGAGAGAAGCCUUCUUUUCCAGAACUGCUGAAAGAAGCCUUCCAGAAGUGCUAAGAAGGGAAAAGAAGGAGUGAAAGGGCCUUGAAUUUGCCAAGCCCAUAGUCUCCUAAAGAUAAAGAAGUCAAAAGAAGCCUGCCUUUGCCUCCAGAGGGAAGCCCAGCCUUCACAAAAUUGAGUCAUUUACAAGCUUUCCCGCUCUUUUUGCAUCUCAAGCCACCAGCAAAUUGCUACAUUCAGCUCUUGUAGCUGCAGCAAGUUCAAGCCUUCUGCAAAGUGGAUACAUUUGCUAGAAGCCUAGCCUUUGCAAAAUUGAUACAUUUGCUAAGUUUCCCGCCUUUUCUGUUUCUCAAGCCAGCAAAUCGCUACAUUCAGCUCUUGCAACUGCAGCAAAAUCCAGGUUUCUGCAAAGUAGAUACAUUUCUCCAGAAGUCAGCCUUUGCAGACCAACCAAGCCUCUUCCAGAACCCAGUUUGCAAAGCAAUAAAUUCCAACCUUCUGCAGUUCCUGCCAUUUCUUCAGAGCCUGCUGCAAGUUUAUGAAAGCCCAGGCUUAACUUCUCAGUUAAGCAGCUGUUUUAAUUGUCUUGUUUAAAGUAUUGCAUUGCCCUUUUGUGUGCCUUUAAUUGUAUAGUUAUAUAGUAUUGCAUUUUGUACUGUUUGAAACUUGGGAUAAGUUUCCUUUUGAAUUACAGAAUGUCAAGUCAUAGCAAUGAGAUUUUGCAAACAAGGGUCAAAUCCCCCCGCCCUGUCAGAGAAAGGCACCCCACAGAGAAAACAAUGCUCUGCCUUUUGCAGCAGGAAGGCCAGCUUAGGCAGAGGUUUAACAGAGCUUGGCAAAACCUGCCAACCAUAGCUGAUGCAAUAAAGGCAUCCCUUUGCCCAAAGGAAAAGGAAAUUCUUAGGCAAGAAUUUUUAAAGGCCUUCAAUAAUGGGAGUGCUAUUGCAGAAGAAAUAAUCUAUGUACUGAACAAAAUUAACACUCCAGAGUCUUUAGAUAGGGCUAAGGAAAUUUCUUUUAGCCUACAAGAAGAGAGGAGGCGCUACAGUGCAGUUCUAUUUGAACCAGAGCCCAGUUCCUUAUUCAAAGGCGCAGAAGAAAGGGUUCAAGGCUCCCCAUGUGUAAGCCUUAGAUCCAGUCUGCUCAAGAUUCCAUCUAAUGAUGCUAGCCUUAAAUCCAAGCAUUCAUCUAGGCAUAGCAGUUCCUCCCAAUCCACACACUCAUUCAUCAGUACUUCUUCCAAAGCAGCCCACUACAACAGAGAGGCUGUCCGUUUGAAAAUUAGAAAAGAGGUUUUAGAAGCAGAGGCGUCUGCAGAAAUGGCUAGGCAAGACUUUGCCUUCAAUGAAGAGGAACUCCUCCUUCAACAGGCUAAAGCCAAGCAGAAACUGCUUCUAGCUCAGGCUAGGGCCCAGCAAGAAGCUGAUCUAGCGCAGGCUAGGGCCCAACAAGAAGCUGACCUAGCGCAGGCUAGGGCCCAACAAGAAGCUGACCUAGCGCAGGCUAGGGCCCAACAAGAAGCUGGCCUAGCACAGGCUAGGGCCCAACAAGAAGCUGACCUAGCGCAGGCUAGGGCCCAACAAGAAGCUGAUCUAGCGCAGGCUAGGGCCCAACAAGAAGCUGACCUAGCGCAGGCUAGGGCCCAACAAGAAGCUGACCUAGCGCAGGCUAGGGCCCAACAAGAAGCUGACCUAGCGCAGGCUAGGGCCCAACAAGAAGCUGACCUAGCGCAGGCUAGGGCCCAACAAGAAGCUGACCUAGCGCAGGCUAGGGCCCAGCAAGAAGCUGAUCUAGCGCAGGCUAGGGCCCAACAAGAAGCUGACCUAGCGCAGGCUAGGGCCCAACAAGAAGCUGACCUAGCGCAGGCUAGGGCCCAACAAGAAGCUGACCUAGCGCAGGCUAGGGCCCAACAAGAAGCUGACCUAGCGCAGGCUAGGGCCCAACAAGAAGCUGACCUAGCGCAGGCUAGGGCCCAGCAAGAAGCUGAUCUAGCGCAGGCUAGGGCCCAACAAGAAGCUGACCUAGCGCAGGCUAGGGCCCAACAAGAAGCUGACCUAGCGCAGGCUAGGGCCCAACAAGAAGCUGACCUAGCGCAGGCUAGGGCCCAACAAGAAGCUGACCUAGCGCAGGCUAGGGCCCAACAAGAAGCUGACCUAGCGCAGGCUAGGGCCCAGCAAGAAGCUGAUCUAGCGCAGGCUAGGGCCCAACAAGAAGCUGACCUAGCGCAGGCUAGGGCCCAACAAGAAGCUGACCUAGCGCAGGCUAGGGCCCAACAAGAAGCUGACCUAGCGCAGGCUAGGGCCCAACAAGAAGCUGACCUAGCGCAGGCUAGGGCCCAACAAGAAGCUGGCCUAGCACAGGCCAGGGCCCAGAGAGAAAUAGAGCUUGCAAUGGCUGAAGCCAAGCAAGAUGAGCUGCAACGGGAUCUAGAUCUGCUUCAAGUAAAAAGAGACACAGCACAAAAGAUAGUCAGAGCUAACGUUCUAGCCAAAGCCCUAUCACAGGAACUAACCCAAGAAAACCUUAGUUUCCUGCCAACACAAGAGCCUACAGCAAAGGUUUCAGCACAUCUGCAACUGGAAUCACCUGUAGUGAGGAGUCAUAUCUCCUUUCGCCACCUUGAAGAUCGCUCACCUGUUCCAGUGUUCGCAACUUCAAGGCCUGCCCAUUCCUCAGAAGUACAGCAAAGCACGGCCGGGAGAGUGCCAUCAUCUCUGUCAGAGUCCAUCCCUCUACUUAGGCCUCAGAGAUACCACCUGUCUACUUGGGAACGAAAGGAUGACGUCUUUCAACAACAUCCAGAUGUCCAUUCAGAUUGGCAAGGCAUGGCCGGGAGUGAACCACCACAUUCAUCCCUGCAUACCAAGUCAAUUCUCCCAUCGCUGAAGAUGAAGGCUUCAGAGGUGCUGCCUGGCAGCAAUCUGCUGAACCCAGCAUCGCCUACCAUCGAGACAAGAUGUGUUCAACCGAAGAACAUUGACUUCGUCGGGCCACAUCACACUCCUCAGAUGUACCCUUACACACUGGAGUCACAAUUGGGUUCCCUCUUGAGAAAUCCAAGAAGAGACAUCAGAGACAAAGGCGUCCAGAAAUUCACUGACCGACCAGAUGACUACCUUCUGUGGAAAAUCACCUUCAUGAGGGCCAUUCGAGAUUUCAAGCUAGAAGCGGAUGAAGAACUGUCCCUUCUUAUGGCGUGGCUUGGACCCAGCUCAGCCGAGCAAGUAAAAAGACUUUAUGCUGCUCAUGUAGCAGACCCCCAAAGAGCUUUGUCCACAGCGUGGUCUCGCUUGGACCAGCGCUUCGGUGCGAGCACUGACAUAGAAGCGUCCCUCAUGGAUCGACUCAACAGGUUCCCAUCGCUGAAGAUGAAAGAUUGCAAACAGCUUGGGGACUUUAGUGAUCUUUUACUAGAGCUAGCUUCAGCCAAAGGAAAUCCAGAGCUGCCAGGUUUAGCAUGUCUGGACCAGCACACGUCACAGAGUGCCAUUCUCUGCAAACUUCCUUUUCCUCUUCGAGAAGCUUGGGGAAAACAGGUGUUCAAGUACAAAGAGGAGAAUGCAAAUGUAUACCCGCCCUUCACCUUUUUGGUGGAUUUCGUCACUAGAGCAGCCCGUGAGAGGAAUGACCCUCAAACAGGUCUUCUCGCUUUGUACCAAGACCUAAAGCCUGAAAAGACCUCCAAAGAAGACAAAGCCCAGGGCAAAGAUCUUAGAAGGAACCUAAGUGUCAAGAUGACAGACACAACUCCUGCAGCUUCUGCUCAACCAGUCAGCAACAACACCAUAUCCUGUCCCAUUCAUCAAAGGCCACACAGCCUAGCUGAAUGCAGAGAGUUCUCAAAGAAGCCUUACAAAGAACGACUCCAAAUAGUUCAAAAGGCCAAGGUGUGCUUUAGAUGCUGCGGCGCCACUAUUCACUUCUCCAAGGACUGCAAAGAAAAGGUUAAAUGCCAACACUGCAACAGCAUCAAGCAUUGCUCUGCAAUGCACAACUUCGAUUCCCCUCAAUUCAAAGCAAAGUCAAAUUGUGUUGUCGAAGGCUUUCAUGGCCGGGAUCACAGGGUUGUUGUAUGUCUUUCGGGCUGUGUGGCCAUGUUCCAGCCCUGUUUCACCAUUGCCUCACCACUAGCUACUUUCAGUGGGACACUGGAUUCUAUGAACAGAAGGAUGGAGUGGCCAUGGGGAGCCCUCUCAGCCCAGUAGUAGCAAAUUUCUAUAUGGAAUACUUUGAAAAACAGGCCCUAGAAACAGCACCAAAAAAGCCAACUGUUUGGUUCAGAUACGUAGAUGACACCUUCACAAUUUGGAGCCAUGGAGAGGAAGAACUCAGCAAGUUCCUGGACCAUCUUAACAGCAUCCACCCAAACAUCCAAUUCACCAUGGAAAAAGAAAAGGAAGGAAAACUGCCAUUUCUAGAUGUUCUGGUCAUCCGCAAACCCAAUCAACAAUUGGGCCACACAGUUUACAGAAAACCUACACACACAGAUAGAUACCUUCAUAAAAACUCCAACCAUCACCCAAGUCAAAAAAGGAGCACAAUCAAAGCCCUGACAGACCGUGCACAAAGAAUCUGCGAACCUCACCUCCUCCAAGGUGAACUCAACCACCUAAACUGGGCUCUACAGGCCAAUGGAUACUCCACCACAGACAUCAGAAGAGCUGCAAGGGCAAGAACAAGCCAUGAGAGUCAAGACAAAGAUCCACCCAGAGGAAAGGUGUUCUUACCAUACAUCAAGGGAACUACUGACCGCAUAGGGAAGCUGAUGAAGAAGCACAACCUACAAACUAUCUACAGACCCACGAAGAAAAUCCAACAAAUGCUACGGUCAGCGAAGGACAAGAGGGAUCCUCUCUCUUCUGCAGGAGUCUACCGGAUACCAUGCAGCUGUGGACAAGUCUACAUAGGGACCACCAAACGCAGCAAUGCCCAAACACGAGUCAAAGAACAUGAAAGGCACUGCAGACUAAUUCAACCAGAGAAAUCAGCCAUAGCAGAGCAUUUGAUGAACCAGCCUGGACACAGGAUACUAUUUGAGAACACAAAAAUGCUGGACCAUUCCAACAACUAUCAUGUCAGACUACACAGAGAAGCCAUUGAAAUCCACAAGCAUGUGGACAACUUUAACAGAAAGGAAGAAACCAUGAAAAUGAACAAAAUCUGGCUACCAGUAUUACAAAACUCCAAAAUCAAAACAGUAGAUGGGAACCAACACAAUGAAGGCUUGACUGAACAAAGGAUGCCCCCAGGCAAGGGACAAAACAUCUCCAAUGCUAAUUAGGGUGAUUAACAGAAACAUUAAUGCUGGCUCCCAGUGACAAAGGACUCUUGCCACACCUUGGACACAGAUAUAUAUUCUUUCCUUUCCUUACUUAGUUUAUCCAUACCUCACAACCUCUGAGGAUGCCUGCCAUAGAUGUGGGCGAAACGUCAGGAGAGAAUGCUUCUGGAACAUGGCCACACAGCCCGAAAGACAUACAACAAAGUCAAAUUCUCCUGCCAAAGAAGAAACCAAAAAAGACCAAAAGCCUACAGAACCUCAGGUAGCCCUCAAGGCUCCUGCAGUUGCCUGCACCAAGCUUUGUCAAAAUAGCCACAAGCCAAGGAUUUGCCACCCAAUCUGCCUGGCAGAGGUGUAUCCAGACAAGCAGCCGUGGAAUAAGAAAAGGGUCUACGUCGCCUUGGAUGCCCAAAGUGAUGCAUCUCUUGCAACCCCAGAGUUCUUCGACAUGUUCGACCUUCAUACCGAGACAAUAGAUUACACCAUAUCCACUUGUUCUGGGAAGAAUAAGAUGAAUGGCAGAGUUGCAACAAAGUUCAAAAUCUCACCUGUCGGACAAAAGGUCAGGUACGAUCUUCCUGACCUUAUAGAAUGCAGCCUGAUUCCCAGGAACAAAGAACAGAUAGCCACGAAGGAGGUGGUACAAGCCCAUCCUCAUCUCAAAGGUAUUCAAGAUCUAAUACCAGCUUUGGACUUGGAAACAGACAUCGUAAUGCUUAUCGGUGCAGAUUGUCCCACACUGUUCCGUGUUAGCAACCAGAUUGAAGGUCCUAAGGGAUCACCCAUGGCCCAGCAGCUGCCUUUAGGAUGGACGGUGUUAGGCCCAGUCUGCCUGAACAAGAUGUUCCAGCCUGUCACUAAAAGGCCUUCACUAAUGCAAGGAAGUGCCAGCCACAUCUCAAUUUGCUGCCAGGGAGUAAUGCCCGAUUACUCUUCCAUCAUCGAAGUCACAGAGAGAGAUGAGCAAACAGCCUUCUCUAAAAAUGAACAGAAGUUCCUUGAGAUGAUGAACAGCCAAGUCACUCAAGUCUCUGAAGGUAAUUGGAUAGCACCUUUACCUUUCAAGCCGGAAAGACCAUCUCUACCCAACAACAGAGAUGUUGCCCUUCAUCGUCUCCUGACCUUAAGAAGAAGGAUGCUAAAAGAUCCGAAGGUAAAGACCCAGAUCACCCAGUUUGUGGAAGACCUCUUCAGAAGCAACUACGCUGAACCAGCCAGCGUGAGGGCGGAGGGAGAAGAGCAGUGGCAUUACAUAUCCACUUCAGAAAAUCCGGCAGAUGUGACAUCCCGAGGAACAUCAGCCGCAAAGUUGUCCAAGUCAUCCUGGAUCACUGGACCCAAAUGUCUUCAAAAUCCUUCCUUUCCAGAAAGCAUUUCCGUGCUCAAAGACACUGAGUUGCCAGAAAUUCAGUCCUGCAAAUCUACCAUCGAUGGCCAAGACUUAUCAAGGCAAGGUUUAAAUCCAGCCAAGUUUGAAAGAUUUUCAAAAUGGACUAGACUUCAGGCAGCCAUUGCCAGGCUCAUACAUUACAUCACUACAAAAAACAGUGGUGCAAUUCAGCCCCAAGAUCUUUCGAAAGCCUCAACAGUCAUCCUGAGAUCCACUCAAAGACAGUGUUUUUCAGAAGAAAUAGCUUGUCUAGAAAGAAAAGCAUCCUUGCCCAAAAAUAGUUGUUUAAAGGACUUGAACCCCUUCCUGGACAAUGAGGGUCUCCUUAGGGUUGGAGGUAGACUAAAGAGAGCAAAGAUUAGAUCCUGUGUUAAAAAUCCUGUUAUUUUGCCACACCAUAGCCACAUAGCUCUGCUGUUGACACAGCAUUUCCACGCAAAGGUUAAACACCAAGGAAGGACAUUUACUCAGUCUGCCCUAAGAAACUAUGGGUUUUGGAUUGUUAGGUGCCAACGUAAAGGUUGGGGAUUUGGUGUUACUUAAACAAAGGAUGCUCCUAGAAACCAAUGGGCUAAGGGUAUUGUGUCAAAAUUAUAUCCUAGCUCUGACAAUAGAGUGCGCAAGGCCCAGGUUAAGGUCAUCUCUAACGAAAAGGUUUAUUUAAUUUUAUUUGACAGGCCUAUUAGCGACAUGGUUGAGUUAUUUUCACAAGACGUACAGUCUUAAAGUUAUUAGAUUUAAAGGUAUUUAACUCCAUUUUGUUUAGAUUUCCGAAAGUCCGGAAAUCUAGGCCGGGAGUGUGACGGCGCGAGUGGCGCCAUCUAUAUGUCAAACUAUAAGUUUUAAGAUCUGAAUUGCUGUAUCAUGCCUGAUUUUGCCCUUACCCUGUAGAUGUAGUUGGAUUGGUUAUUUAUAUCUGUCAAUCAAUGUUGUUUGUACCUGUUACAUUGCUCACUCAGCAAAACUGUUUGGCUCCACCUCUUCCUGAAGUAGGACAGUGUUUCCUCUUUUCAUUCCAUCAGCAAGUUCUGUAUCGGAUGGACGUGAAAGAGAGGCUUGGCUCAAAAAGCCCUUUAAAAGUUACCUCUCAGCACCAAUUCUGAGGUUCUUACCCUUGGGACUCACACUUCAUGUUCAGGGCCAACCUGAACAACGUUGAGGAGUCUCAAGCGCCUUCACAUCAGUCCUUUGGCAACAGAGGAAGACUCUUGUCUUCAGAUAUAGGUCAUUGGACUGAGGCUGAGUUUGCUCCGGCAUUCACAGCCAGAGAAAGAGGGAUCUGGACAAGCUUCAUGGACUUAAACAAUCAAAGACUGUAAUGUAUAUUUUCUUUUACCCCCUUUGUGAAGAAUAAACCCAGUUUUUGAGUUAUCUACAGUGUUUUGGUCCUUGGGAGUUCCAGUUUCCCUAAAGGAGGGCAAGAAGCAAUCCCCUGGGGAAAGAUGUCACGUCCAUGCCUCUUUCACUAAGAGUUUACAGCCCCAGGCGCGACGGCACAAUUAUAGUAUAUUAUAUUAUUCAUCAUUCAUGACUACAUUGAAACUAGAAUAGAGAGAAAUCAGCGUGGAAACCUUGGGAAACCUAAACUGCAAGAGGUACCAUAGAUUGUUGCACAUGGAAAUAAUGGGAGUAACAAGAAAUUCUUGAUAGGAUUCACAGUUUGUCUGGUUAUGCUGGUUUGUGAUGACAACUACUUUUCAGUAUAUAAUAAAUGUUCAUUUUGUUGUUCAACAAUAAAUGUGAGCUCUUCUUCAUGGAAAAAUAAGACAUCCCCUGAAAAUAAGACCUAGUGCAUCUUUGGGAGCAAAAAUUAAUAUAAGACCCUGUCUUAUUUUCGGGGAAACAGGGUAGACCGUUAUAAAAACAAGAUAAAUGAGUGAGGAUUACAGUCAGGGAGGGGGGAAAGGGUUACAUAAUACUGGGACUAAAAAAGGGGGAAACAGGGAAGGGAAAGUUAGGGUGGGGUAUUCGAAACAAAACUUCCAUUCUUUCCCCUUUCGGUACAUUACGUUGCGUUUACAUUUCUUACAUUGCCCCGGUCCAUUCUACAAAUUAACAUUUUCUAUUGAUAUACAAUUCCCCUUUUUCCCAAUUGGUCUUCUUUAUCGGCUUUCCUCUAAUUUCUUUCAAAUACCAAGUUAGUUUGUCCAUAUUCUUUAUUUAUUGAGGAAACCACAAAUCAGAGCCCAGGGAUCCGAUUUGGAAAUCUAUGUUGGUGAUCUCAUCAUGCAGAACUCAAAGGCUUCUGUCAUUUUGGGAGGAGACUUUAACACCAAGAUGGGCCCAAAUCGACCCCUCCUUAUGCGAUAAUAUUGAAACCAGGAAAUAUUUUUAUCUAAUUUAUUCAUUUCCUGUUGUGUUUUUAGUGCCCAAUUCCCAUUUUUUUAAUUAUUAAUAGAUCUUUAUAUUUGAGCCAAUUUUCCCACCCUAUUCUUCUUCUUUGGGAGGCCUCUAAUGUUGAGAUCCAUAAUGGUGUUUUUUCAUAUAACUUUUUUAUAUUUCUCCCAUAUCUUAAGAAUGGAGGACCUUAUAAAACGAAAUUAUUUUCUAUCUUUUUUUCAUACCAGAGAUAAGAGUGCCACCCUAAUCUCAGGUCUAUUCCCUUCAGAUUCAAAAAUUUCAAUAUUUUCAAGUUUGGCCCAAUCUGUGGCCCACAAUAGUGCUGCCACCUCAAAGUAUAGUUUUAAAUCAGGCGUAGCUAAACCUCCCCUCUGUCUUUCAUCAAUCAUGUAUUUUACUUUAAUUCUGGGUUUCUUGUUUUUCUUUUUCUGUUUCCGUGCCAGAAUCCUGCACGGGAUCUUUUUAACAGCUUGUUUAUUUUAGCUUCUUUUGUACCGCGGGUUGUAUGUUGUAUGUAUGUCUAUGUGCUAAAUGUUUUGAUACGGCCGAUGGGCUAAUCAAUAAAAUGUGAUUGAUUGAUA